UGUGAAUUUUAACCUUGAAAACGAAAUUGUUUAUGAAUUUAUGAAUGCAUUGUUUAAGAAAACCAAUUCAACAAGGAUAUUCUGGAUAGUACAUUUUAUGUUGAAGAAAAUGAUAUUGUAUUUAUUCUUUGGUUGUUAAAAUUACGGGAAAUGUUAGAACUUAAGUGCAGGUUAUGUUCUUCAGAUCAUGCAUUAAUCUCAUUAUAUGGUGGUAAAUGUAGGAAGAAUAGAGACUAUAUUAGAAAACUAGUUGAAAGUACCACAGGCAUUAAGUUUGAGAAAAAUGAUACUUAUAAGUACAUCUGUUAUCCAUGCACAGUACAAAGUUACAACUUCUAUGUAUUCAAAGCCAGAAGUUUGGAAAACGAAGAUAUAUUAGAGGCACAGAUUAAGAAAAAUGAAAAAACAAAAUCCAGUAAAAUAGAAAUUCUCGAUUUAGGUGACAUAGUCUUGCCAGAAAUUAAUGAACUGCAAGAUGCUUUGGCACCUUGGUUAAUAUCUAAAUCAAAGUAUUGUGACCCACUGAAUAGUGAAAGUGGUGAAGAUGUAAAUGGUGAAAGAAAUUCUGAACUUAUCAGAAAUACAGAUAAUGUAUGUACAACGGUGGAAAAUGAAACUCGAAAUGUACCAGGUAUUGACAUUUCUAUCCAAUGCCAUUUACCGAAAAAUGCCUUGCAUAAUAGUACUCAAACUGACCUCCCUAACACCACUUGUGACAAAUACGUACAAUAUAGAGUUCCUAACAUUGCAAUGCAUACUCAAACUAAUAAUGUAUCAACAAAAUCAAGCAAAAUUCAAUGUUGUUUGCUGAAAGACGGUUGGCAAAACCAUAAUUAUUCAAACAACGAUUUAGUACAGCUAGGACUAAAAGGGGUGGACAAAGCAACGCAGCAUUGUGAUACUUUUGUGAACUGCAGAGAAAUGGACUGCAAGUGUUACUUACACAAUUUGGUAAAUAUAAAACAAGAAUCUCGGUUAUCUACAACUCCCCGGAGUGUAUCUCCGAUAAAUAAUUUAUUUACAAAUCCAUUUAAAAACAAUAUUCCUCCAAUUCCCAGUGCUUCCACCCCAAACACUAGUUUGCUUGCUGACACGGAUAUAUCUGAAAAAGUAAUAUUGUGCAAAAUGUGUAAUAAAAUUUUAUUUUCUAAAGAGUCUUACACAGUGCACAAAAAAAAUCACAUGGCGUGCAGUUUUUGCAAAAAAAAAUUCUCCAGCAUGAAACGCACUAAAUAUCACAUAGAUAAUGACUGUGAAAUCAAAAAGAAAAUCGACAUGCCAACUGUGGUGCAACUUGUUAGAGUGGACAAUGUAAAGGAUAUACAGAAAACUUACUCCAAGUGUCUGGAGGAUAUGAAAAAUUUUGGAAGAAGAGAAAAGAGUAAGACACAAUCGACCAUUAGGAUGCGCAGCAGGUCCACGUCCAGUGCAGACUCUUUCCACACUUGCUGCAAUUUAUGCACAGAUUACCCAGUGACCAUAUUACAUGGGUUAAAAUUAGGAAUAGACAAGGCAGUACAGACAAAUCUAUUUGAUAAUCAAAUUGUGUCAACAUUAGUUAAUGGAGAUAUAACUUUGAAAUCAAAGGUUAAAAAUAUGGAAGACCUAAUGUCACCAGCAAAAAAAAUAAAACUGUCGAAAUCGAAUCAAAGGAGUUCUUGAAAAACAGUACAUUAUAAGGUAAACAUUUGUGACUAAAAAACAAUAUAGGAAGGUGGUCAAAAAUAUGUGAUCCUUUUCGAUAUACGAUUGAUUUUAAUUUGAAUUAUGCUUUAUUCAUUGAACUAUUUUUUUAAUCCUAUCCAAGUUUCCAGACAUAGUUACUCUGAUUUUAAAAUCAUAAUGCUUAGAAAAAAAUCUUUUCUAUUUCUUAACAACAACACCUAGCAAAAUAUUUGUAUACUUGUAGUUUUACAAUUUGUAUUUAAACAUUUUCUGAACAUUUAUUUUAUUGUAACUUUUUACCAAAUUUAAAAAAUUUGUGGCAUAUAUUAUUAUUGGAACUUUUUAUAUAUUAUAAAGGUGUUUUAAGAAUGGGGUUCAGUAUGUGCAUAUCAAUAUUUUAUUAAAAACCCUUUCAGCUAAAAUUUUAUUAAGGUAGAUAUAAAAUUUUGCAACCCAUAAACUCAUGCAUUUUUUUACUUAAUCACAAGUUAGAAGAAAUGUCACUUAAGGCUUGGAUUUUAAAGCAGCGACGAAGCUGGCAGAGAUAGUCGGCAAUUAUCGCCAAGCUUUAAUCCACUGGUUUACAUUGUCAACAAGGAAAUGUCAUUAAAAUAUUAAAAUGACACUUAUAAUAAUGUUCAUUGCUUACAGUGAAAGCAAGCAGCUAGUCUUAAAUACCAAGUCUGUAGAACAGAUUUUUUUAACAUAUUUUUGUUUUUGUCCAGUGGAUAUAUAGAUGGGACUGAAAACUGUAAUCUCAAAAAAUCAAAAUAUAUUUUUUAUAAACUUCCACUGUCUCGUUCGCAAGAUGGCUUUCUAGUUUUUUUUUG